GGGGACUGUGUCGUGGAUCAGAUCCGCCUCCUCACCGCUCUGACCGUCUUCCUGCUCUCGGCGGGUCCUGACGUCUGCACUGUGGAGCCUCUGCACGCGCUCAGUCUGCAGCGCUUCACCACCUGUAUGGACGCCAAAGACCCUGUGGUCGUGAGUCGGUGUUUUCAGCUGCUGACGUCCGUGUUCCAGGCUCAGCCGGGUGUAGCCGUCCCGUACAUCCAGGCCCUCGGUCCGCCGCUGGUUCGAUUCCUCCAGAGGGUGGAGAGAAGUCGACCUCAGAGUCCAGAGGAGCUGCUCGGAGUCCUGGAGGGAGUUCGAGCCAUGGAGGCUCUGGUCCAGGCUGCGGAUGAGUCACAGCGCCCUCAGCUGGUGGCCAUCUUGCUGCCGCUCCUCAUCUCCUUCCUGUUGGACGAGAACGCCCUCGGCUCGGCCCCCGCAGCCUCGCGGUCUCUCCACGAGGCGGCGCUCAAGGACCUGAUGCGCCUCGGCCCCCAGCACUCCGUCGUCUUCAGGUCUCUCAUCGCGUCGUCUCCUCACCUCAAGUCCCGCCUGGAAGCUGCUGUCAAAGGAAACCAGGAGAGUGUCAACGCUAAAGCUAGCAACGCUAACCCCGCCGCCAAGUCCUCCCCCAGCAUCACUCUGAAAACCAACUUCCUGUGAGGUCGCCCUCCGGAGCCUCGUGUCCCUGAGCUCACCUGUUGCUGCGUUUGCUGUUGACUGGUUCUGUUGGAGAGUCUGACGAGCAGCACGAGGGAGCGAGGGACACACACAUCACCUGCUCCUGGAGAGCUGCUUUGUUUUAUCCCGUCACAUUCCAUAACUUUACCUCCAGAGGUUUUCAGUCUGCGAGUGAGCAGCCGCAGAAAUACAAUAUAUAUAUAAUACAAACACAUUCAAACAGAGCUGGAGCAGUGACUCAGUUAUAGAAGAGGGAUGAAAUAUCAUUCUCAGUCGUCACGUCUGUAUUUGACAGUUUCAGAAAGCACCUCGCUGCUGCUGCUCGCUCAUUUUCUUAAUUAGUUUCCAAACUAAGUUCCUGAUUGGAACAGAAUCGUCUGAGUCGUGUCGGUGUCUCACUCGUUUUCUUUUUUCGACAGGACGUAAACUCUGAGGCUCGCUUCUUUUAAACAAUCAAAAAAAAAAACCUUGAAACAAACAAAACUAUCCAUCGCUCGUCCGUGUGUCGAGGAGACUUUUAUUUUGUAUUUGGACGACAAAUCCCCCGAGAACGUGAAGACUUGAUGCUGUGGGAGCCUGAAGAGACAGAAAAGCCUCGAUCAGCACUUUAGAUUAACACUACAUCGUCGUCAUAGCGACACAUUUUAGAUCCACGGCUGGUUUAAAUAAUUUAACUGGUUCUGACUUUUAUCAGCUCAGUGUGAAGAUUCAUAGAAAAGAGUUGAAGGUGCUUUAUGUGACUUUUCACGAUCACUACAUCGAUGACGUUAGCACGAGCAGCUGUUAGUUCGUUCACUCUCAACGUUAACUCGUCUUCUCCUCUUUGAUUUACUGACGUUAGCCCGCGGCCUCGUCCGCCUGCUGCUCAGAGGAUGAGUCAUAAACUCUGGUUUUUAAAAUGGCUGAAGCUGUUGGUGUCAAACAGAAGCAGAGAAACUGACACGGCUCCUUUCAAACACAGUAUGCUAACUUUACCUAACCGAGAUUCACCUGCAAUAAUGAUUGAACCAGGUGAGCGUCAGUCUUCCUGCUACACGCACACGCACACACGCACGCACAUACACACACACGAGCUCACCUGGUCGUCUGAACAGCCGUGAAUGUGUUAACAUGUUAUUUUCUAACGACAGCGAGUGAAUAAAACUUGUUUUUAUUUUAA